CCGUGACCCUCCUCCCGCCCCCUCGCCCGGCGCGCCCGGCUAUAAAGGAGGGUUUUAUUCUCGGGCUCCGGUCUCACGCCAAACCCUGUCACACCGUCUAGACGAGCUGUCGUGGGGCUCGGCCCAGCUGUCACCAUGGCGAUGGAGACGAGUCCGCUGUGAAUUUUGGGGGGGAGCGAGCGAGAGCGGCGGCGGCGGCGGAGGAGGAGGAGGAGGUGGAGGAGGAGGAAGGCUCGGCCGCCGCCGUGCCCUGCCCUGCCCCGCGGGGGAGGCUCGGACCCCCCGGCGCUGCCGGCCGCGGCUGGAGCCGGCCCGGCGGGGAGCCCCGGGAGCCAGCGGCCGCGGGCGCGGGGCGAGCCUCAGAUGCGGCUGUCACACAACCCCGGCCGGGCUAUUUAAAGUAACGGGCCCCGCCGGACACUGGUGUCUCUGCCUAUUUAUGAGCCCCCGGGAGCCGGCGGGCGCCGCCGGGCAGCGCUAGGAGCCGAGCCCGCCGGGAGCAGCGCCGGGGCCCGCCCGGAGCAUGACGGCGAUCCGGGCGCUGCUGCUCUGCCUGUGCCUGGGGCUGCCGGCGGGCGGGCAGCCCUUCCUGCGCCUGCGACCCUCGCCCAGCGACAACCUGCCCGUCAAGGACAUCGUGGAGCACCCGGACCCCGAGUACGACCCCAAGGAGCAGGACCUGGACGAGAGGACGCUGAGGAAGAAGCUGGGCAGCCAUUUCGACCCCGGCUUCAUGGCCGUGGCCGUGCCGGGGCCGGCCAACGCCUCGGGCGCCGCGGCGGCGGCGGGGCGGGGGCGGGCGGCGCUGCCGGCGGAGCUGCGGCGGCUGGAGCUGGGGCCGCCCCGGGGCCCCCGCCUGCGGCUGGGCAAGAAGGCGCGGCGGAAGGUGCUGCAGUGGCUGUGGGCGCACACCCACUGCCCCGUCCUCUACGCCUGGAAGGACCUGGGGGUGCGCUUCUGGCCGCGCUACAUCAAGGAGGGCAACUGCCUGGCCGAGAAGUCGUGCUCGCUGCCCGAGGGCAUGUUCUGCAAGCCCGUCAAGUCGGUCACCAAGACCUUCCUGCGCUGGCACUGCCAGGGGUGGUCCAGCCAGAAAUACUGCACCUGGAUCCCCGUGCAGUACCCGCUCAUCUCCGAGUGCAAGUGCUCCUGCUAAGCCUCCCCGGCCCCUUGCACUGCCGCCCUCCUCCUCCGGAUCACUUUGGGGGGGGAGGUUUUUUGGGUGGGUUUUUUUUUGGAGGGGAUGGGUUUUUUGGGGUGGGUAUUUUUGGGGUGUUUUUUUUGUUGGGUUUUUUUUUUUUCCCCCACCCCCCAGCGCGGGGUGGGGGAACAUGAACCGCUUUUGGGGUUGUUGUGGUUUCUUUUUUUUUUUUUUGGUUUUGGUUUUUGUUUGUUUGUUUGUUGGGGUUUUUUUGUUAAUUUUUUUUGUUAGGGUUUUUUUGUUAAUUUCUUUUUUUGUUUGAUUUUUUUUUGGUUACUUUUUUUUCCCUCGGACUUCUUUUAAUGUUAUUUUAUUCAAAAGGGGAAAAAGCGAACCCAGGAACUGCAGGGCAGGCCAAAGGCACAGUAAAGCACUACAAUCAGAUGUCUAUUUUUAUACGUAUAUAGCCUUCUAACAAAAGGAAAAUAAAAGAAAAAAACUAAAAAAAAAAAAAAAGGAAAGGAAAAAAAAAAAGAAAAAACCUACCAGCCGUGUAAAUAGAGAGAUUUUAAAGGAAAAGGGGGGGGAAAUCGCAGCUGUUUUUUUAUUAUUAUUAUAAUUAUUAUUGUUAUUAUUAUUAUUUUAAAGACAUAGGACCACAUUUUAAACCCAUCCCCACAGAACCCGAGCACUUCCCUGCUGAAGGGGAGGGCAGAAAUUUCUUGUAAAGAGGAUUUUAUCAAAAGGAGAAAAGGGGCGGGGGGUGUACAAAAAAGAAAAGCAAGAACAGCAGCAUCCCUGAAGACGGUUGUUUCUCUGUGCUGUAUUUUUUUUUGUCUUCUUCAGACCUUGUCACUGAUGUUUGAACUAAUUUGCCAAGCUCUCUAGGGUUUGUUUGUUUUUUUUAAAGUGUAUAACAAUUAAUUAAGGAGGAAAUUUUAAAGAAAAGUACAAAUCUAUGAAAGAGUGGAAUUGUUUUGUUGUGUGGGAAUACAUAUAGUCGUGUAGAGAUGUUAAAGGAAAUUUUCAUUGUACAGUUUAUUUAUUUUUAACGUUUGUGUAUAGGAAAAAAAAAGCUAGAGAUUAUGCCAGAAACUAUUGGAAAUGUUUACUUGAAUAUUCCUUUAAAAACAUAUCAAUGUAAAUAUGAGCUAUCACUGAUCAAAACAUUUUUAGCAAUAAACUCUAUCUUUGAAGAAAAACCCCGUGCUGCACCCCAGCUCCCUGGGAGACCAGCGGAGACUCGGAUUGUUGCUCGGAGCAGGUGAUGAGUAAAGGGCUUUGGCUGGGCCACGCUGGCGUAAAUCGCGAGACACCCCGAAGGUCGGGACAGCUCCACCGGUUUCUGCCUCUCCGGGAUCCCGCUCUGGGUUUUCUUUGCGUGUAUAACCUGUUGGGGAGAGAAAAAAAGCACAGACGGGAGAGAAAUGUCUCGUAACGCGUAAAAGAGCUGCGAUGUCCCGGACUGGAGGUGUCAUCUGAAGUCCUUGGGAGAUUCCAUGCUCUGUGGCUCUUGGAUUCGGCUCUCCCGCUGGCAGAGGAAGCGGUCGAGGUUACUGCCCCGGCCAUCAAAGCGCCUGACACAGCUUGGCAGCCCCGCGUGUGUCAGAACAAAUGUUUUUUCUCGGCUGCCGCCACUAGCGCAGGAGGGAAGGAUGGAGACGAGCCCUGCGCUCGGCCCUGCUGCCGCGACGGAGCCCCGGGGCUGGCACCUCUCCCCGCGGCGCCUCUGGGGGUGUGCGGGGUCAGGAGGAAGCGCUGACCCUGCGGUGGCACACAGUGCCCUCAGCUCGUGUGCCGGGGCCGGCGGGACCCCCCACUCCCACCAGAGCUCGUGGAGCCAGGGCAAGGCAGAGCCGGGCCGGCUCGGCACGGGCAGGCUGCCGGCAGCCAGGCUGGGGAGGAACCCGGCGCUGGUGAGGGGGGCACUGGCGGUGCGAGCCCGCUCCUGACGGAGAUCUGUCUGUCUGUCUGUCUGUCACAGGGCUUGGAGCGCGGCCCUGACGGGCUGCCAGGCCGAUCCCCAGCAUGUUCCGCGUGGGCUGGUGGUGCUGGAGGGGAAGGUCUGGCCGUUCCCUUCGGUGUCUGAAACGCGCCCGGCAUCCCCGAGGAACAAACUGCUGCCGAAGGCUCUUGCCAGCGAGGAGUCACGCUCUGCCAAGCCUGCUGUGGAGUGGUGGGGAGACCCCGUCCCCUUCCAGCUUGGCAUGCAGGAGAGGAAAGCAGCACUGAGCCCAUGGGAAGGCAUCAGGGCCCUCUGAGGGGUCUAGCUCACAUCCCUCCAUCAUCCUCUGAGGGGACUGAGGUCCGGAGAGCCCCAUGGAGCAGGCCCACAGAGCUGGAGGUCACACAGAGAUUGAAGUCAAAAGAGGGAGAGAGCUUUGAGAAGGGUAUGGUGGGGACAAGGUGUGAGAGGGACAGUGACAUCCAGUAGCCCAAGUCCCUGCAGAGCCCUGCAGCCACCCGCUCGGCCCCGCAUGAGGAGGCAGGUUGGCCUUUUCACGCGUUCAGCGGCGAGGGACUGGGGAAGGGGGGGAUGCAGAGGUCAGGGUGAAAAGAAGAGCUCGGCAAAGGCAAUGUGCAAAACAUCAGGGGCAUUUGGGAGAGGAAGGGGAAAGCUCAUUUUGCAAGAGGAACAACAUCUGUGGUGUGGGGGCCGAACAUCUGUAGGAGGGAGCAUGGGGGGAGGGCAUUCUGGGAAAAUAUUUCUGACAUAAUCCCAACAGUAUCUGGUGUGUUGGGAUUUGGUUACAAAUGGCCCUCUAACGUCUUUGUGCGUUUUGUUCUGCUGGUUCCAGGGGCACACAGAGACCCCUGCUUUGUGCUAACCUGGGAAAUAAACCAUUCGCUGGGCUCAA